GCGCGCGCGGUUUUGAAAGCGGGGAGGGUCCCGUCCCAACGACUGUUACGGAGUGCUCGUGUCGGCGGGUGGCAGGCCCUGAGGCAGCCCGCGGUUGUGCUGAGGGCCACUCGGGAUCCGUUUUCAAGACAGCCUUAGCCUGGACCGCUCCACCCCGGCGCGGUUGCGGUAAGGACCUAAAGUGUUUAUUACAAUGGAAGAAAUCAAUAAUUUCAAGACACCAAGCAAAGUAUCUGAAAAAAAGAAAUCUGCAUUAUGUUCAACUCCAUGUAUAAAUAUUCCUGCCUCUCCAUUUAUGCAGAAGCUUGGCUUUGGCACUGGGGUAAACGUCUACCUUAUGAAAAGAUCUCCCAGAGGUUUGUCUCAUUCUCCUUGGGCUGUGAAAAAGAUUAACCCUAGAUGUAAUGAUCAUUAUCAAAGUAUGUAUCAAAAGAGACUAAUAGAUGAAGCUAAGAUUUUGAAAAACCUCCAUCAUCCAAACAUUGUAGGUUAUCGUGCUUUCACUGAAGCCAGUGAUGGCAGUCUUUGUCUUGCUAUGGAAUAUGGAGGUGAAAAGUCUCUAAAUGACUUAAUAGAAGAACGAAAUAAAGACAGCCAAGAUCCUUUUCCAGCAGCCAUAAUUUUAAAAGUUGCUUUGAACAUGGCGAGAGGGUUAAAGUAUCUACACCAAGAAAAGAAACUGCUUCAUGGAGAUAUAAAGUCUUCAAAUGUUGUAAUUAAAGGUGAUUUUGAAACAAUUAAAAUCUGUGAUGUAGGAGUCUCUCUACCACUGGAUGAAAAUAUGACUGUGACUGACCCUGAGGCCUGUUACAUUGGCACUGAGCCUUGGAAACCCAAAGAAGCUUUGGAAGAGAAUGGGAUUAUUACUGACAAGGCAGAUAUAUUUGCCUUUGGCCUGACUCUGUGGGAAAUGAUGACUUUGUCUAUUCCACACAUUAAUCUCCCAGAUGAUGACGAUGAAGAUCAAACUUUUGAUGAAAGUGACUUUGAUGAUGAAGCAUACUAUGCAGCUCUGGGGACGAGGCCUCCUGUUAAUAUGGAAGAACUAGAUGAAACGUACCAGAAAGUAAUUGAACUCUUCUCUGUAUGCACUAACGAAGAUCCUAAAGAUCGCCCUUCUGCCGCACACAUUGUGGAAGCUUUGGAAAUAGAUGUCCAGUGAUCCCCUCAUUUUUGUGACUCCUGAGCUUUACGUUGGCUCAUGUAUAUAACUGUUCUGUUUAGUAUAAUACAUUAUAUAGUUACUAUGAUAAGCUGUAAUUACUAUACUUUUUGAAGUGACCAGCUUUAGGACCAUAGCUCCUAGAACAUUUAAACAAUUAUUUAUAUUUAACAUGUUUACGAUGGUAAGCAUUUGAGAUUGUAGAAGUUUUCUAUUAAGUUUAAGAAACUAGCUACUUAAGUAUGUGAAUUUGUUUGUACAAUUUAAAACACUAGCAAUAAUACAAUACUAUACACUCUAUGUCUAACAAUUUAGAUUGAGUGACCAUUACUUAUAUUAAUUCCAAAAAUUUCUUUAUUUUAAUGGAUCUAUUGAGAUUAGCACUUUGCGCACUACAAAAUAAGUCCAUGUUUGCUUAUUUUUUUAAACCAUUAAACUUUUCCUGGCC